UCAAAGUUAUCUCGACGCGAUUAUAUCCGAAAACAAAUGUGACAGCGGGUUGUCCAACAUUGCUGACGUCACACCGUGGCACGUCGUGACUCGCGGUGUUCAAAGUUGCUGGUUUUAAUGUACCAACUGGCUAACUUGUUUAGCCAGUGUGAGCGAAGUUGCGUUAGCUCCGCCGUCAGUGUCACGAGAGCGCGCGGGCUCGGCUGGCUGCAGCUGGUCUGACAGCUCUCUACCGGAGCUUCACGGCUUCGGAACCAACUAACGGGUUGAACCCGACACACGUUUCACUCCCACGGGGUUCGACAACGGGCGUCGCACCUACCUGGACGAAGGACCGCUAACGCUCCCUCUGCUGGCUCGAGUAAUGACAGCGACGUUUGGAGGGCGAAGUAGACAUGAAGUUGGUCGCCGAGUGAACCGGUGAACGUCUGCACCGACGCAGGCUCCGGCUAUGUGGCAGAGGGGAGGAGUACAACAGCAUGAGUGUUCCCUUCUUCCUCGGCUUCUCCUUCAGUCGUGGAGAGGAGUUGAGAGCCAGCACGGUGCAAACAUUUCGCAGGUAUACCCGAGUGGCUGCAGUCCGGUCCUAGGAAGAAGGACGUAGGAGGAGUUUGGAAAGUAAACAUCACUCAUGCUCACAAAGAUCUCUUUCUCUUCGUCAAUCUUCACGCCCAGGUGGAGACGGAAGCCGUGGUUUGGAUGCAGGUUGUGUGUUGGCUGCUAUGCCUUGGCGCGGCGGGGUCACUUGCCGUGCUGCAGAAGGAACAGGUGGCCCGGCACGCCAUUAAGCUUUAUCGGAGCAAAGGGGCCACACAUGGCCACAGCUGGAUGACCAGCAACUGCAAGCGGCUGGUGGGGCUCCUGCGUCAGAACGAUGUGGUGGUCAGGAAGCUGGCAGCCGCUGCUGAUGCUGUCAGACAAGACCAGACCCUUUCAGAACCAGAAAGACUCUUCCAGGUUCACACACUGGAGGUUUUCCAGAAGGAGAUGAAUGAGAGCGAGCACCUGGUGUUUCAGGCGGUGCACGGCCUGCAGAGGGCGCUGCAGGGCGACUACAGGGAUGUGGUCAACAUGAAGGAGAGCAGCAGGCAGAGGCUGGAUGCCCUCAGGGAGGCAGCCAUAAAGGAGGAGCAGGAGUAUGUGGAGCUGGUGGCGGCUGAGAAGCACCAGCAGGAAGCUGUGAAGAGCGCUUUAGCCCAGAAUAAGACUCUGUCCAUGCUGGAUGAGAUCCUAGAGGACGUCAGGAAGGCAGCAGACCGGCUGGAGGAGGAGAUCGAGGAGCACGCCUUCGACAACAACAAACAGAUGCAAGGAGUAAACGUAGAGGCAGUGUUGAGAGUGGCGGAUGAUGAGGAGAAUGGCGGGAAGAGGAAGAACAAGCAGAAGGAUGUGGAGGAUGACCUGGGUCUGAGCAUGCUCAUCGACUCGCAGAACAACCAGUAUGUCCUGACCAAACCCAGAGACUCCACGAUGCCAAGAGCAGACCAUCACUUCAUCAAGGACUUGGUGUCGGUGGUGAUGCUGUCGCUGCCCUGUGGGUGGAUUUGCUCUCUGGUCGGACUUCCUCCCAUGUUUGGAUAUAUCAUCUGUGGGGUCCUCCUAGGUCCAUCUGGCCUCAACAGCAUCAAGUCCAUGGUCCAGGUGGAAACUCUGGGGGAGUUGGGUGUGUUCUUCACUCUCUUCCUGGUGGGAUUGGAGUUCUCACCUGAGCGACUCCGAAAGGUAUGGAAGACAUCAGUCCAGGGGUCGUGCUCCCUGAGUUUGCUGAUGGUUGGUGCCGGUUUGUUGUGGGGACAGGUCCUGCAUAUUCGACCCACCCAGACUGUCUUCAUUUCCACUUGCCUCUCUCUGUCCAGCACUCCGCUAGUGUCUCGCUUCCUGGCGGGGGGGAGCAGAGUGGAGAAAGAAGGUGAACUGGACUACAGCAGCGUUCUCCUCGGGAUGUUGGUGAUGCAAGAUGUUCAGCUCGGUCUCUUCAUCGCUGUCAUGCCGACUCUGAUCCAGGCACAGAGAGGAGACUUGGACAGCUUCCUGUUUGGAAGUCUCCACGUGCUUUACCUCCUGGCUCAGGUCCUGGUCUCUCUGGCUGCUGUACUGCUGCUGUGUUUGUUCCUCAAGUCCUUCCUGAUUGGCCCGUAUUACAAGAAGCUGCAUGCUGAGAGCAAAGGCAACAAAGAGAUCCUGGUGCUGGGGAUGGCAGCGUUUGUCUUCUUCAUGCUGACGGUGACAGAGUUUUUGGGUAUUUCCAUGGAGCUGGGCUGUUUCCUGGCUGGAGCGCUGCUGUCCACACAGGGUCACAUGGUUACCGCGGAGGUCAUGGGAUGCAUCGAGCCAAUCAGAGAUUUCCUCGCCAUCAUCUUCUUCGCAUCAAUCGGUCUCCAUGUGUUCCCGAUGUUCGUGCUGUAUGAACUCACCAUCCUGGUGGUGCUGACACUCUCACUCGUCAUUAUGAAGUUCGUGAUGGCCGUACUGGUGCUGUCGGUCAUCUUGCCUCCGGGCUCUCGACACAUACGUUGGAUUGUCUCAGCCGGUCUGGCUCAGGUCAGCGAAUUCUCCUUCGUCUUGAGCAGCCGUGCGCGUCGUGCUGGCAUCAUCUCCAGAGAGGUGUACCUGCUGGUUCUCAGUGUCACCACCCUCAGUUUGCUGCUGGCACCAGUGCUGUGGAGAGUCACCAUGCACAAGUGGGUUCCCCAGGCCGAACGAAAAACCAUCACAUGACCGGACCGGCUUCAGGGACAAACGGUUCCUCGGGAACUCUUUCAAAACCGGCAGCGAGACGAAAGAGAAAAGUCUUAAUUGUCCAUUUAGAAAGACUGACGGCGGUUUCUCCACGUCAGGAGCAUCAAACCUUGACGAGCAGAGAACUGAUACUCUUUAUGGUCUUAUUUAUUAACCUGUGCCAAAAUAAGUAGAUAAUGUCUGAUAAAGUGCGACAUGGUUAAAAACAUUGAGUAAAGGCUCCACAUUAUCUGAGUUUAUAGAAUCACUGAAAGGAAGCCCACCUGCUCCGUCAUUCACUGGAAUAGCACAAUGACAUCCUCCCAGUUCUGAUGCCUUUCUUCCUUUACGAAGAAAUACUUUCUCUCUACUGUCUGUAUGAAUGCAAGUCAGUGGAAUUCCUCUUUACUUUUCUUUUCAUUCCUUGUAACAAUCACUGUGACUAAAUCUGAAGCUUUAACUUCACAUUUAGAAUGUUUUUUUUAUUUUUGUAGAGGAAACUUUGCACUGCCUCCAUUUUUCCUAAAAAUUCCUCCUGAAGUGCAAACUUUCCAUCCGCUCCAUUUAAUCGAUGGUUCUUUAGUUCAUUGAAAAUAUUGUACGACUGAAUUAAGCUGUGAGGACGGUCUUUAAUGUUACAUGAAAUAUUUAUUCUCCAAAGACUAUACCCAUCUUAGCUAUUUAGUUUCUCGUCAACUCUAAUAAUACAUAUAAACUGGUAUAAUACACAUUUGUAAAAGUAAAUAAUGGAGAUAAUGAAAUAUUAGAGAGCAGCUAACAAGAAGAGAUAAUGCUCAUCACAAAGAAUUUACUGAUGUUACAUUUAAUAGGAAAGUCCUGCACUUGUUACCGUUGAAUGUCGCCCUGUCUUCCUCCUUGUCUCCGCCAACACAAUGUAGAAACGGCCAUGGCACAAAGAAAGGCGGUUUAUCAAAAUGUUUAUCAAAUAAAAAAAUUGUCAUGUAUUUUUUAAUUGUUGAAUUCAUUUAUGUAUUAAAAAAAAGAUGACAAGAA